CGAAACCGCAGGCGCCGGAUCCCAUUUCGCGCUCCCGCCAAAUUCCAAAUCCAUAUCUCCUUCUUCCUCCCCUCUCUCCCUCUCUCUCUCUCUCUCACUACAGACCAUAGCUCUCCUCCUCCGCCUCUCUUCACCCACUGAAACCUUCCCUCCAUUGCCCUUGGAGAUGGACCUCAUGGAGAUCGCAAAGAAGCUCGGGAUCUCCGACCCCAAGCACCUCAUCCGCAAGGCAGCGGAGCUCCGCCGACUUUGCGACGUCCAGUUCGAUUCCUCCAUCAUCGGGGUGGGAGAGGUGUGCAAAGCGAUUAUCUGCUUGGAAAUCGCUGCGAACAGGUUGCAGGUAAUGUUUGAUAGGCAGAGCGCGAUUAAGCUGAGUGGGAUGUCGGAGAAGGCGUAUAACAGAUCCUUCAACUCGCUGCAGAAUGGGAUUGGUGUCAACAAUACACUGGACAUAAGAGAAUUAGGGAUUCAAUUUGGAUGUGUUAGGAUCAUUCCUCUCGUGAAGAAGGGCCUUUCUCUGUACAAGGAAAGGUUUAUUUCAUCUCUGCCUGCCUCUCGUCGUGCAACUGCUGAUUUCACACGGCCUGUGUUUACAGCAGUAGCCUUUUAUCUAUGUGCAAAGAAACACAAGCUUAAGAUAGACAAGCUCAAGUUGAUCGAGGUGUGCGGUACAUCUGAAACUGAAUUCUCUUGUGUUUGUAACUCCAUGAAGGACCUUUGCUUUGAUGUUUUUGGAGUUGCAAAGGAGAAAAAAGAUCCCACGGAGGUUAAAGGGAACCGAGAUCUAUUAGAUGCCCUACCUGAAAAAAGAACAUUCGAGGACGGAGGUUAUCCAUCUGAUGAUGGAUCAGAGUCUUCAUGUUACAAGAAGCGUAAACGUAUGGAGAAGCAUAAAUAUGAGCAGUGGAAGUCUUCCGUUCUCGAAUCCAAUGACCAAAAAAAAGCAAAAGUUUCUUGCAAGCGGACUAAGCAAACACGGAUCAACUUCCUAAAGAAGGCCCCCGACGCUGAGGAGUUGGAGGCAACUUGAGCAGCAUCCUGCACUUUCUGGUGCAACAAUGUCAAAUAGUCGACCACAACGGCUCCCCAGGUGCUGCGCCAUUUUGUCUCAUAUAGGCGACUGAAGCUCUAAUUGUUUCAUCUCAUGAACUGUAUGUACAAAUGUUGGAACCGUUUGCUGGACUAAUUCUUUUAGUUCCUUUCGUCUAUGUAUUAUCCUGCUCUCCGAACUGAACCCAGAUGGUUUCAUCGUUCAUCAUUGAGUAAUGCAAUCUUCUUCUUUUGAUAGUC